UCGCCAUAUGACGCGAUUGUGACAUUUUAGAUUUUAUUCUCCACCACUCUAAAUACACAUUUCUUAACUGUGAACAUUAUAGAAAAACAUUGAAUUUUCUGCCAAUAUCGUCGACAAGUCUGAUAAUUAAUUAAACAUUUUAAUUUCUAAAUUUACAUUGUUUGACCUGUAACAAUGAAACUAUCGGUGAGAAUUCGUGGUGACUGGUUUGCAGUGCCAUGUAAAGCUAACGAAAAAGUUAGGUGGUUCGGUGAGGAGUCGUUAAAGAGGUACUACAACAAACACAAUAUUGAAGACAAGAACGAGAAGGUGUUUGAAGUGAGGAAAGCUAAAGGAGGUGCAAUACUGGACCCAGAUGAUUCAAUUAAAGACGUUCUUGAUGAUAAUGACUUUGUUACUGUCGUUCUCCAAAGUGAUAUGUCAAGUCCCAUUACUGGACCAGCCGAGCCUGUGUACCUCGAGGAAAAAGUUGCCACUGCAGACGUUACAACACCAACAGAGUAUUUAUCAGUAGAUGGAAAUAGUCUCAAUCCAGAUGAUUUGGUUCGCUUGGGAAAAGGUCACUUCCUUUUGAAAUUAACGCCCGAGUCUGAGGCUGCAGUUAACAAAGCAAGAAGUCUACUCGAGGAUAUAGUAAACCAAAAUAAAGUUGUAUACGGAAUAACAACUGGAUUUGGAAAAUUUGCACGGACGGUUAUCGGCAAAGAAAAGCUAGUUGAACUUCAAGAAAAUCUGAUUCGAUCUCACGCAGCUGGGGUUGGUAAUCCAUUGUCACCGGAAAGAACCCGUAUGUUACUAGCUUUGAGAAUAAAUGUUUUAGCUAAGGGGUUCAGUGGUAUAUCCAUUGAAAAUUUAAAGAAAUACAUAGCUGCAUUUAAUGCUUCAUGUUUGCCAUGGGUUCCCGAGAAAGGCACUGUAGGCGCGAGUGGAGAUCUUGCACCUUUGUCGCAUUUGGCACUAGGUAUGAUGGGUGAAGGUAAGAUGUGGAGCCCAAGAAGUGGGUGGGCCGACGCUAAAUACGUUUUAGAAUCAAACAACCUUGAACCAAUUAAACUAGGACCAAAGGAGGGACUGGCACUGAUCAAUGGAACUCAACUUAUCACAUCACUUGGUGCAGAAGCCGUUGAGAGAGCAGCUUCAAUUUGCCGCCAAGCGGACAUCAUAUCCGCGCUAUCGCUGGAAGUUUUGAAAGGCACUACAAGGGCGUUUGACAGCAAUAUUCAUCGUGUCCGACCACACCCUGGACAAAUGAAAGUUGCACGCAGACUUCGGUCUCUUCUUCAUUCUGAAACACAUCCUUCAGAGAUCGCAGAAAGUCAUCGAUUUUGCGACCGAGUUCAAGAUGCCUAUACUCUGAGAUGUACCCCACAGGUCCACGGUAUAACAGCGGACACAGUGGAAUUUGUUCAUGGUGUGAUUACAACUGAAAUUAACAGUGCAACUGAUAACCCUAUGGUGUUUGCAGAUCUACAAGAGAUAAUAUCAGGCGGUAAUUUUCAUGGAGAAUACCCAGCAAAGGUGCUUGAUUACCUAGCUAUUGCUGUCCACGAACUUGCAAAUAUCAGUGAACGCAGAAUUGAAAGACUUGUUAAUCCAGCAUAUAGUGAAUUACCAGCAUUUUUGACACAGGAUGGCGGCUUAAAUUCUGGAUUUAUGAUUGCCCAUUGUACUGCUGCAUCUCUCGUGUCGGAAAACAAAGUACUGUGUCACCCUGCAUCAGUUGACUCUCUAACAACUAGCGCCGGAACAGAAGACCAUGUGUCCAUGGGAGGGUUUGCAGCGAGGAAAUGUGUCACCGUAGUUGAACAUGUAGAACAAGUGUUGGCAAUAGAGCUGUUAGCAGCAUGUCAAGCUAUUGAGUUUUUACGACCACUGAAAACAACGCCGCCAUUAGAAGCCGUAUGCAAACUUGUAAGGACAGUUGCUGGGCCUUGGAUAAAAGACCGCUAUAUGGCUCCAGACAUAGAUGCAGUCACAAAACUUCUACAAGAGGGAAAGGUGUGGUUCACGGCCAAACCAUUUAUGGAAAAUUACCACGCGGCACAGGAUAUUGAGACGCGCGUUUUAUCGCCAACAACUGCCAUGCGAAAAGAUGGACCCGCCCCCAAAAGACGGCGAGUUGCAAGUGAAAGAAAAGCUAGAUAAAUAAUAAAACACGACAAAAAUGACUGACUGAAUCAUUAGUUAUCAUAUUGAAACUAAUAAUCUUUUUUGUUAUUUAAUGUUUAUUAAUUAAUUGAUUUCUAAUAUGUCUGAGAUUGAAAAUAUGGUAUGGUAUAUGUUAUAUUGUUACGCUAUUUUAAUCUAUAGCUUUGUGCAUGUGUUAAUUUAUGUAUAGAAUAUUUGUUGUUUUGUUUGCAUCACUUUUUGUGUCAGAGAAUAUGUAAUACAAUUAAAUGGUUAUGGUGU